CUCAUCGUUUUUUACACUGGUCCAUUGACCGAAGGCAAUCAAGAUGACCAACAAUAAUGUAGGACCAGAUUCACAAAGUGUACAUAUCAACGAGACCCGUAUGAACCACAGUAGUGUUUUGAACAUCAGUACGGAUCAGGAUGCACUAUUUGAGAAGAUCCUGGAAAAGGUCCCAUCACAAAAACGCGAGCUUCUUUCAACAAGUUGGUCCAAAGACUACCUCAACCGACUCACUUCUCUCCCAGCAACAGCAUUGCAUAAUGAACCGGGGAGGCUACGUGAAGAACAGCUCAAAGUGGAGCGGAGCAUGUCAGAAUUAGCAUUCCGCGAUUACAAAACAUUUAUCCUUGUCAAGGACUGUAAACAGGAUGUCCAGUCUACCUUCGAGACCCUUGGCCAACAUUUAGAUCAUUUCCAGGAUAUUAUACCAAAAUUUAUCGACACGCUCACAGGGUUCUCAGACAAAGUGUCACCUAUUCUAGAGAAGCAACAUAUAUAUUCCUCGGUCCUGGCAACUCAUUCACAGUUACUUGAGGUACUGGAAAUCCCGCUACUCAUGGAGACGUGUGUAAGGAAUGGGUAUUACAACGAGGCAUUAGAGUUGGCGAGCCAUGUGCAACGGCUGAUUUCGAGAUACCCGGGGAUUGGAAUUAUUCAGGAGAUCGAGCUCAAGGUCGCGCAGGGCAAAGAAAUGAUGCUCAUUCAGCUGCUAGCCCAGCUAAGGGAACCAAUUAAACUACCCGUAGCAUUGAGAACCGUUGGCUUCCUCCGGCGCAUGGGAAACUUCAGCAGUCAAAACGAAGUGGCGGAUGAUGAUGAAUUUCAGAGCGGGGCGGCACCGGCGACAUCUAAAGGAAGAGGCACUGUGCCUGGAUCGCUUUAUUCAACCGCAACAAUGAACAGUGCAGUAGGAGUAGUCGAGGAUGAGACGCCACUCAAAAUGCUUUUUCUUAAAUCUAGAGGCCUAUAUAUGGAUCAACAGCUAUCCAAGAUCGUAUUUCAUAAAGGUGAUUCGUUUGGAUAUUUAAAAAAGUAUAUUGAUGUGACGCGCGAGUGCCUGUUCGACAUCAUGACAUAUUACAAGAGUAUAUUUGGCAGUGCAGACCACCUUACAAACUUCUCAUCAUUGUCAUCGCCAUCGAUCGACCGUAAAGGCUCUGGCACCGGGCCUGCAAGCGGACCAGGAAGUAUAGAAGCAGAGCAUGCCAGUCAUCAAAAGCAACACCAUUGGACGACUGAAAACCUCUUGGCCGACUUUGUCACUUAUCGGACCCAGAUAAUAUUCAGUAUACUCAAACUUCAUAUCCCGCAGAUUCAUGAUACUUCCGCCUUAUUGUCAGUUCUGACACAGUUGAUGUAUUUUGGUGCCAAUAUGGCUAAAAUUGGAUUCGAUUUGCGAUAUCUUGUCACAUCCUUGUUUGAAGAGGCAGUGAUCCGAGUCGUCGGAGGAGCAUUCCAGCGAGGUGCAGACGAGUUUUUGGAUAGCCUUGGUGGCGAAGGAAGAAACCAGCCUGAUUGGUUAUUGCCAAGUCAAUGGAUGGUCAGCGGAAUAGGGCGUACAUCUGCAUCGUUAUCAUCUGCUUCAACACCCUCAAUCCUCAGUAGAACAUCAAGCGCAGAUAUCACAUUAGGCAGUGGGCCAUCAUCUUUGUCUCCUCAAACUUAUCUUAUGGACUAUCCUGCGCUCGCAUAUCUCACCAAUUCAUAUUUGACAGCGCUCAAUUCAUUGCGACUACUUGCACCACUAUCACUUGCAAUACCUUUACGAGAGAUAUUGGUUGAUAGUCUGACACGCGUAGACUUCGGACUAGAAAAAUACGACCACCAUAUUUUUGGAGAGCGCCCCAGCGCCUUCCGUUCAACGCUUCGACCAACAUCAACAUCAAUACCUCAAAAUAACUCUAACGCCGUUGGGUUCAAGCUCCAAGGAGCUGAGGAAUCCAAGGUUUUGAGCGAGCAAAAGAUCUUAGACGAGUUCCUGGUUGUUUAUAAACGUGCGGUACAGGAGUAUAUUUUAAAAUGCUUUGAUGAGGGUAUCUAUGGCGGUCUCGUUCAAGUCGAAAGUUUUGAAACCGAGCCCAACUUGACAACGCUAUCUGAUGAACAAGAGAAGCCAUCUUCCGAUAACGAUGAUUCAACAGACUCGACAGCACCAACUGCUGAUACUGAGAUAGGAGCCCCAGCUAACUCAGAAGAGGCCAUUCUAGGAGAGGAUAACAAUAAUGAGCCAGAUGAUAUUGUGCAAGGGCCUGAUGCCAAAGAAUCUUCUCAAGUAGCUUCACAAGCAUCUUCAGAUGAGGUCCCUCCUCGAGAGAGCACCGAAUUAAAAUCCUGAGUGUUUUAGUGUAAUAUUAAAUGAUGAAAUAAAAACAUUAGAUGAAGACCGAGCACCCGAGAGACGGAGUGAACAUUGGUUGGCUUGCCUAAAGUUUUACCCAUUGUACCCCUUCCUCAAGACUAUUUGUCUACCCCUCUUUGGCAUUCCUUCCUUCCAUCCUCCUUCCUUCCAUCCUCCUUCCUUCCUUUCCUUCAUCCUCAUCCCCAUCCACGUUUAAUAUUUGAAACCAUGACAUCCCUCUCGACCAACAAACGACUUGACCAAAUCAAAGGCCACA